AUGACCGAGGUGCAGACAGAGCGUGCGUUCCAGAAGCAGGAGGCGGUGUCGUUGAAUGGGCCGGCAGUGAGAUUCCAUGGUGCCCGGAAGCGCUGGUACAAGUCUAUCGGGCUCGGGAUCAAGAUCCCGCGCGAAGCCAUCGAAGGCACGUAUAUCGACAAAAAGUGCCCCUUCACGAGCAACGUGAGCAUCCGUGGCCGUAUUCUUCGUGGCGUAGUUGUGAGUACUAAAAUGACGCGCACAGUCAUUGUGCGACGGGACUAUUUACACUGGGUGGCCAAGUACCGGCGGUACGAGCGCCGGCACCGCAACAUUCCGUGCCAUGCCGCGCCCUGCUUUCGGUUACAAGAGGGAGACAUUGUUACCAUUGGCCAGUGUCGACCUCUGAGUAAAACUGUGCGCUUUAACGUUAUCCGAGUUGAUCGAUCUGCUGGCGGAAAAGACAGGACUGGCAAGAAGAUGUUCACGGGUCUAUAA